UGCACACGGCUGUUUAAUAUUCCAGACCCGCUCGUGUUACUCGUCUCAGUUCAGUAUUUUAUCACAAAGGAAUGUUCAGUCAGCUCAGGGCGGCCAUGUUGGCAGUUUUGUAACAAAGUGAGGAACUUUAUCAAUCAAUGGAUUUAGUGGACUAAAACGCAAUGGCGAGUCUAUCCGCUGUCUUCACUGAGGCGGAAAGGACGAACUGGCUAAAGGCGUGGCUGGCAGUUGAAAUUGCAAAGUCUGGUUUAGAGCAAUUCGUGGACAUUGAGGCUAAAACUUUGCACACCAAUAUAUACAACACUAUCUGGUCUAGAAGUUCGGCGCCAGCCGAGUGUAAAGGUUGUCACACUGCAAAUUUGCUUAAAUGCCCGACACAAGGCGUAUGCAAAAAACGAGGUGCACAUGGCAACUGCACAGCUAUGCAUGAUACUGCGGCAAAACAACCACGACCAUGUCCAAAAAAUGUGUGUAAUAAAGUCCAUGACGAGAUUGUUAAUCAACAUACAUUUAGUAAUCCGUCAUGGAAGAAUACAUCGGCUCAACAAUGGGCAAAACAUCCAUGGGAAAUUGCCAAGUGUUAUUUCCCUCCAGACGGAUAUGUUGGAAAAACUUCAGUUCAAGAUACCGACUUCAACGGGCUCAUCAGCUUUAUUAUGAACUGCAAACACUUUAACAACAUGUUUUCAUUCGCCAUAGCUGUAGGAAAACAAAAUCCCCCUUGUCUACUAACAAAGGCUCGUAAAUUGCGGAAUGAAAUCUGUCACCCGCCUUCAUUGAAAAUCUCAGACCAGAAGCUCCAGGAAUAUUUUACGACGCUGAUCAAACUGCUGAGUGAUUCAAAGUGCCUUGCGCAAGAUAAAGAGGCCAAAACUGCGGUUUUAAAUUUAGAUGAGUUGCAGAAUGAGAGAAUGUCUUUAAACGACCUGAUCGAGCUGUUGAAGAAGAGCCACAAAACUGUAAAAGAUGUGAACAAGCCUGGAGAGCUAAUUUAUAAAGAGAUGGAUGAGACCCUAGCAAAAGCUCUAAAGAUAUUAGAGGCUAGGAUACAGGAUUUAGAAGAACGCCAUGAAAACACUGAAACGCGAGUACAAGUUUUAGAAGAACGCCAUGAAAACACUGAAACCCAAGUACAAGAUUUAAAAGAACGCUAUGAAAACACUGAAACUGAGGUUACAGAUUUAAAAGAACGCAAUGAAAACACUGAAACCGAGGUAAAAGAUUUAAAAGAACGCACUGAAAAUACUGAAACUCAGGUAAAAGAUUUAAAAGUACGCAAUGAAAACACUGAAACCGAGUUAAAAGAUUUAAAAGAACGCACUGAAAAUACUGAAACCGAGGUAAAAGAUUUAAAAGAACGCAAUAAAAACACUGAAACCCUAGUACAAGAUUUAGAAAAACGCCAUGAAAACACUGAAACCCGAGUACAAGCUGUAGAAGAACGCCAUGAAAACACUGACACGCGAGUACAAGAUUUAGAAGAACGCACUGAAAACAUUGAAACCAAGGUGAACGAUUUAAAAGAACAAAAUGAAUACAUUGAAACCAAAGUCCAGGAUUUAAAAGAACGCUCCAAAAGCAACAUACAGGCAGUGAACCAAAUUGAACAAGAAGAAUAUGAACGAGGCGUAGCAGAACUGAUCGAACGUACGAAGAAGCUUUACAGGGACACCUUAAAUCACGUACCCAUAUCUCCAUUAAAUGACUACAAACAUGAAAAAUUAGGAGAUGUUUAUAUGCCGCCGAAAAUUGUUAAAAUGUCCGAGGACAAAGGUGUUUUUAAGAAAACAGACGAACAGGUUACGCAGUACAAGGGUGUGUUUUUAACAGAUGACAAGGUUAAUCGACGAAUAUUUCUUCAAGGUGAGGCGGGGUCUGGAAAAACUACAUUCUUAUCCAAGUUAGCCCUGGACUGGUGUGGAGAACCGCAUGAUAUUAGUGCAUCUGAUAACAGUUCACUUUUCUUUAGUGAUAUCGACGUUUUGCAAAGCUUUGUGUUUGUUUUCCAUAUUACAUUGAGAAAUUCGGUAAAACAAUUUGACGUAUAUACUUUGAUUAAACAACAAAUAAUAGACUCGAUUUACUCUCAGGAAGACCGUGAGAAGGCGUACAAACUAGUGAAUGAGAUCAUGAAACGUGAACAAUGCUUGAUACUACUUGAUGGUCUAGAUGAGUGGACCGGACCAGGAGAUCAUCACAACCUACCAGAAUUGGUAGUAGAUCACAGCGAAUGUGUGAUGUUAUUUUCAACACGACCUUGGAAAUUGGCUGUAGUAAAAAUUACGCAUUUGAACAGAUACACGUCGGUGCAAUUGGAAGGAGUAAACAAGCCAUUUGAGCUCAGCAGAUUAAUCCUGGGCUGCUUGGUAGCUAAGGAUGAUCUUGAAUUAAAAUGCUCAGCAUUUAAGCAUUACAUAGCAAAACAGAAGCUCGACAAUUUACUGUCAUCACCCAUGAUGCUCUCUGCAAUUGUUUGCUCAUUUGCAGAGGGAAUAGAACUCAAAGGCUCUAAGUGUGAAAUAUACAUCCUCUUACUGGAGAGUCUUUUUAAGAAAGCGAACAGUGAAAUGCGUACAUUUGAACAGUCUUCCUCUCCUUGCUUCAGAGAUGCCCUGCCACAUAAUUAUUUUGAACUGAUCUGGGGUCAGGACUUGUGGCAGCAUAUGGUUACAGAGACCAACCGCUAUGCUGAGCAAGAGCGGACACGAAACCCACCACCACCAUUUGCUCCUCGUUGGGUUCCAGUAGACAUUCCAGCCAUGAAGGCUUUCAUCGGACUCUGUUUUUGUAUGGGAGUUCUUCGUCUUCCAUCAAGAAAUGACUACUGGAGGUAUGGUAAAGUUCAAGGGGCGUCUGGGCUUUCGUCAGUACAUGCCAUUGAGUGGGGAAUAAAAGUGUGGACAUUGGCGGAGAGCGAAACUGGCUACAUCCACCAGUUCCAAGUCUACACUGGAAAGGAAGAGAAUCAGGAGAAGGGCCUAUCACACAGAGUGGUGACAGACCUGAUCGGCCAUCUGAACCACACUAACAUUAGAGUUUUUAUGGACAAUUAUUACACGAGUCCGGCCCUUCUCACAGAUCUGCACAUGCGCGGUGUGUACGCCUGUGGCACAGUGCGCAACAACAGGAAGGGCUUACCAACUGCACUGUUGCCAAGGAAUGUUAUGCUGGACAAACACGAGUUCCUGGUGGCCCAGAAAGAUGAACUUUCUUGUUGCAUUUGGCAGGACACAAAGUGUGUCAUGGUCCUGUCAAACUUUCACAGUCCUAAUGACAUGGGAACUGUCAACCGACGAUCUGGUAACCCAACACAACAAUCUGUGGAAGUUCCCAAAAUGCUUGCGGAUUACCAGAAGUUCAUGAAGGGAGUCGACUUGUCGGACCAGAUGAUUGGAUAUCAUAUCAUCAACCAUAGAUCAAGGAAGUGGUGGCGGCGGCUGUUCUUCCACUUCAUGAUGGGCAGUGCUUUGAAUGCGUACAUCAUUGCAAAGGACUCAAAUCCAGAGACAGUCGGGCGUGAAUGGCCAAACAUCCAGGACUUCGUUGAAGACCUUGCGGAUGGCCUGAUUGGCGAUUACUGUGCUGGGAAGGAUGCGCCAAUCCUGGACACAGCCAGACCAGCUCGUGUUCACACGAUGGAGCGGUUGUUUGAAAAAGAGAAGUGCAUCCUGCACGACAUUGCCUAA